GAAACAGCAGCAGAAGAAGACGAAACAGCGUGUGUUAGAUUAAUAUUUUAGCUACCAUUCCAGUACACAAAAUGCCUUUAAUUAUAAUAUGUGGCUUUCCGUGCAGCGGCAAAAGUCGCCGAGCUCACGAAAUAAGAGACUACUUCUGUAAAAAUACAGAUAAACAAGUUGACAUCAUUGGAGAUGAAAUGCAGGGUAUUGAUAAGAACACGGUGUAUACAGACACGCAGAGGGAGAAAGAUUUGAGAGGUGCUUUGAGGUCUGAAGUUGAAAGGAGAAUCAACAAAGAUGAUAUUGUAAUUCUGGAUUCCCUAAAUUACAUUAAAGGUUACAGAUAUGAACUUUUUUGUCUCAUCAAGCAUGUACAGACACCACACUGUUUGGUCUACUGUUUGACAUCUCCUGAAAUAAGCUCAGAAUGGAACAAAGAAAGAGAAGCAGAUUAUCGAUAUUCCCAGGAAGUACUGGAUGCUCUAAUUCUAAGAUUUGAAGCUCCUGACUCAAGAAAUAGGUGGGAUAGUCCUCUUUUUACUAUUGAAAAGGAGGACAAACUUCCAUUUGAAGCCAUCUCUGAUGCCAUUUUCAAAAGGAAGGUGCCACCACCUAAUCAGUCAACACAAAGUCAACCACUAUCAUCCACCAACUUUUUAUUUGAGCUGGACAGGGUUACUCAACAUGUCUUAAUGACUGUUCUUGACUCACAGAAGACCAGCCUUCCUGGGGAUGUCAUUGCAAUUCCUGGAACAACAGAAAAGAUCUCUGUGAAACGAAGCAUUAAUAUAGCCGAACUAAGGAAACUUCAACGACAGUUCAUCAGUUACACCAAGAUGCAUCCAACAGAGAACACUGGACAGAUAGCCAAUAUGUUUGUACAGUACCUUAACAAGAGUAUGGAAUAAUCGCUGCCAGUAACUAUAACACACACACACAUAUAUAUAUGUAUGUAUGUAUAGGCAUAUAUAUAUAUAUAGGCAUAUAUAUAUAUAUAUAUAUAUAUAUAUGUGUAUGUAUG